GAGAAGCUCUAAUACAGCCUUGCACCUGUCGUGGUACGGUGGCCAGGGUGCAUCUGAAAUGCUUGGAGAGAUGGAUUAGGGAAUCCAAUCACAGCAGAUGCGAGAUUUGUCAGGAACGCUAUAGGUUUAUCCGACGAUCAAAUUACACCACUUUCCAAUCCAUUUGCAAAUAUCUUCGACAUUCUGGUCACCAUUGGUACUUUUACAAAAGUCUAUUGAUCUUGAUCGCUUCACUCAUUGGAGAGUUUAGCAUUGCCUGGCUUUUUAUGAAUGCCAGCUUUGACAUGACCUUCUUGCGUCAAGAUUACAUUAUUCCUCAUCCACUUAUUAAUUCUGUGAUUUGGAUACUUUGUAUGACUUUUUUGGAUCAUAUACUUAUAUCUAUUGUGACAACUGAGAUGCUUAGACAAUUUUAUUUAUGGAGGUUUUGGUGUCGACGGUUUCUAAGAGUUUUGAUUAUAGACCCACCACCUAACUAAUUUGUAUUAGUUGCUUUCUUUCAAAAUUUCCUAUCAUUGUUAAAUAAUAUAUUUAAUGUAUUAUUAAGAUGUACCAUUUUAUUUACCAUUUACUCCGAUUAUUUUUGGAUCAAAUUUUUAUCUAUCAAUAGUUGAACGAGUAUAAAUCAAGUCUUAUGGAGAAACAAAAGCAAAUCAGUAACUAAGUAACAAUUUUCGUUUUUUUUGAUAUCUUGUAAUUUUUUUGGGAGAAGAAAUUUUUGUCCCGCUAUUUAAAGGUCUGUUAAAAUUAUGAGUAAUCCACAAGAAAGUGUAAAUGAUGAGAUGUUACAAGCUCCAUCCGUUAACCGUCCAUUCGGUGUUGAUGAAGACAAGGAACUGAUUCUGAUUAUGUUGGGUACCGAAUAGACCAAUGUUGUGAAUCAAAAUUUUAAAAAUUAAAAUUGUUUGUUUAAAAAUAGUUAUGUUUCAAGCUUACAUUGUAGUACACAACAAUUGACAUAUGUCAAUGAAUUAUAAAUUUCAAAGAGUGUCAAAAUCAUUAUUUCAAUCAAAAUUUUCUGUGAUACUCCAAUCUUAAAAAUUAUGAGCCAUACAAAUGGAUGUCAAAAUGUAAAAGUGAAAAACACUAGCCGUACUUUGGAUAGGAUUGAGGGUAUAUUGGAUAAGAUAUUGCCAGGUACAUCCAAUUGCUCAACUCCUCCACACGAAACACAAACAUUAAUGUUGCUGCUAAAAGCCAAAGGACUGAUACCAUACUCUAAAGUCGGACAAACCAAAAAUACCAUAUCAAAAAAUUCAAGUGAACCUAAAAUGAAAACUAAUUCAUCCAUGGUUAAAAAUAUGGCGUGUACCGAAUCAGAACAUGUGUCCAAACAACAAAGCAAUCACGAGCCGUCUACAGAUGAUAUUUGUCGUAUAUGCCAUGAAUUAGGAAACAAGAGCGACUUAGUUAGACCGUGCAAGUGCAGAGGCACAAUGGCUUUAGUACAUCUAAAAUGUUUAGUAACUUGGAUUAGGGAGUCAAACCAUAGUGACUGCGAAGUGUGCCACCAUCAUUAUAAAGUCAUACGACAACCAAAGUACACCAUUUUCAAAUCAGUUUUUGUGUUUCUGAAGAACUCUGGUAACCACUUGGGAGAUAUUAUAGCAGAUUUGGUUAAUUUUUCUAUUUUUACACCUUGCAUAGUUGCAUCUAGACAUCUGUUGAAGAUGAGCUGUGAAACUUUAGUGGCUAACAACAUAGUGAUAAGGGGUUCACUUCUUGCCAAUUUGCUUACGGCAUCAUCAAUAAUUGGAAUGGCUUUCAUGGAUUUCUUGUAUGCUUUUUGGCUGAUAACUCAAUUGCAAAAACACUACAGGAUUUGGAAGAAAUGGUAUCUAAGUAAUCAGGACGUUGUAGUGCAACUGUGAACAUGCCAUAUCGGAUGAAUUUUUAUUUUAUGCUUAAACAUCACAAUCGUUUUAUUUGUUAAACAAUUGUUUUGAUUGAAAUAAACGUUUAUAUUUUAA